AUGUCCACAACUAGAACAACUACAAUGUCCACGACAAGAAGCACUGUCUUUAGUGGUGUAACAACAUCAACAACAGCAGCUCCCAGUGGUAGCUGUUGUGCAACAGUAAACUGUACAUCGAACGCUGAUUGUUGCCAACGUAGUCUUGUGGAGUGCCAGUGCUUUCGUCAUAGUCAAACCGAUACUUAUGGUUUAUGUAUUAAUCCAAAUGCCACACCAGCAUGUGCUAACAACUGUCCAGUACAAGGCAGAUGCAAACUGGAUUCGGAUUGUUGCAAAUGUCAAUGUGCAGCGGUAACAUUCACUGAUUCCAGUGGGAAUAAAAUUACAAGAAAGCAGUGUGUACAACGGUAA